CACAGACAGAAAGUAAGUGCUAGCUAACCUAAAUGCUAUCCUGAUCAUUCGCUCACUUAGGUUUCAGAAGUGAAGUUGCUGUUAACUGUUAACUGUCCUAAGUACGUUCAACGGUGAUGUUUUUAAUUCCAGUAUUUACUCUUUCUGCGUUAUUCGUUGCUUUUGCUUCUAGCGCUAUUACGGUUUGCCCUCCUGAGAAAGAUUUGGAACCAUGCUAUUGCAGACAAUUGGCAUCUGGUCUCUUUGUCGGAUGUGCCAAUUUCAAUUCCAGUUCCAGUCUCGUAAGAGCUUCUAAAAUCAUGCGCGAAUACUAUGUGACUAAAGUCCUUUUACAUCGUUUAUACAUCACAGAGGUAUUGCCGAGUGAUUUGUUUCAUAACACUUAUAUCAACGGAUUAACAGUUGAGAAUUCCACAUUAAAAUUCUCACAGCCUGCGUUUACAGGUUUGGAUGAUACUUUGUACUACUUGUCCGUUGGAAAACAUUCUGUGAUCAAAAGCAAAGAUGAUUUCACUUUGGCACGCCUUAGCAAACUUGAAGAGUUUAGAAUGAAGUUCAAUAACCUGCCAAAGAUCCAAGGUACAUGGUUGAAAGGAAAAGUUCCUAAUGUUCGUAAACUCGUCUUAGACGACAAUAAUAUAAUCGAAGUCGAAAGAGGUGCAUUUUCUACACUGUCACAAUUAAAGAGUAUAUCUAUGGCUAACAAUCAAAUCAUUAAGGUGAGCAGAUCAUUAUUUCCAUACCCAGCCGAGCAUCUGGAGACCAUUGAUCUAACUGACAAUGAGAUCGAGACAUUGCCAUUUGACUUCUUCUUUCUUAUGCCUUCCUUGACACAUGUCCUCCUGGCUGAAAACAACUUAAAAACCUUACCAGAAAUGACAUGGUUAUCAGUAUGGGAAAAUCUGUUUGAUGUUAUUCUGAUAGAAAACAAAAUAGUGUGUGAUGGGAAGUUGGAAUGGCUGAAGAAGCUUCCUCGAGUCAAGAACUUGAAAGGUGACUGCGUUGCUCCUAAAGAAGUAGCUGGAAAACCAAUUUGGGAGGUAUAUUAUGGAUGGGAUAGUAACAUCAUGUAGCAUUGCCAUCAUCUAAUUUCGUUAUUUUUAGAUCGAAAAGAGAGUAAAUAUUUAUUGAUGUUUUUCUUCGAAGUUUUAUUAAUAAUGUUGUAUAUGAUAAUUAUCACAUAUUUCGCUAUUAAUUGCAUUUUCUUUAGAAUCCUUGUAUUUUACACGUGAUGCAUUAUAGCCAUCAUAUUUGUUAAACAUAUUUGAUAUAAAAAUGAUUACAUGUUUAGACUUUGUAACAUGUAAAUAGAUAACAGUGAUUGGAAUUUUUUUAGUAUUGCUUUGGUGAUUUUGUAUAAAGGUUAGAAAAAUUAUUUAUGAAUUUUAAUUUUGUAAACAUUUUUCAAAAUAAAGCAUCUUUAUUUUUUGCCUAA